AUGGUCGAGAGCCAUGGUGCCCCGGCCAAGGUCGUCAAUAGCAGCCUUGGUCGUCUCAACCUUGAUGUGCGAUUCCUUGUACUUGGCCUUGGCGCCCUUGAGGUCAAGAUCGUAUUCUUCUUGCAGCCGGUUCAGCUGGUCGUCCUUCGACGCCACGUUGCCCAUCAACCGUUCCCGCUCCGCCGUCAACAGGCCUCGUUGAUCUUCGAGGAUGCGCGCCUCGAGGCUGAGACGCUGGUAGUCUUCCUCGGCUUUGCGGGAUUUGAGCUCCUCAAUCUCCUGUUGAAGCGCGACACGCUCGCGGAGGUUCUUGCGGGCAGAGCGUGCGGUGGCCAUCUCGGGCUCGAGGGCUUCCAGAUCAUUGUCAGCAGUCUGAACCGACUCGCGAAGCUGCGCUUGUUCCUCCUUGAACCGACGAAUUUGGUCUUGAAGACUCUUCUUCCGCUCAAGUUGCUGGGCCGCAGUGGCUAUCUUGUGUCUCAACUCAAGCCUCUCCACCUCGAGCUGCGAAGCGAAAUCCUUGAGUCGCUGUCUCUCGACAGUGAGCUUGUUGAGUCUGGCCUGGGCGACACGAGUCUGCUCCGCACAGGUGGUCUGCUCCUCGUUGAUUUCGUCCGGACUGCGAGUGGUCACGCUUGA